GGGUGUAGGGGCAAUGCGGGGCCGGGGAUUGAAUGUUGGAACCUGGCUCCCGCUGCCCGCAGCAGUGCUAGGGCGGGGCUCGGCAGUUUCCUUUGCCUGCUCGCCCGCCCGCCCGGUGCAGCAGGUUUCCACCCCUGGUUGUGCAUGAAGCGUGGCCCCCGCCCUUCAUGUCCAGGUUUUAAAGCGAGAUGAGGUGGGGGGGGGGAAUGUAAAACAAGGACAACAGCGAGGUGUCCUGCCUCGUGUCUCCGCGGCGCUCAGAGCAGCAUGAGGAGCCCGCUGAGCAGAGACACCGCCGGCUGAGCACCGUGUGCCUCCCACACGCCAGGGGGCGCUGCAGAUACUGAGUGACAGAGGCAGCAGGGGGACGCCGCCGGCGCGACACAUACCCUGCGGACGAGUUACUGCCUCUCCGCUUUCCCCAGCCCCAUUGGCUUCGCGCUUUGGCCCUCGCGGCUGCCGUCGUGAGAUUUCUAACAACGCUCAGGGCGCUAGUGGCACGCGGGGGUCAGCCGAGGCGGCGGCGUUGGCGUUUCUCAGCCGGCGGAGGGGAAGGGUCUGAGGAGGCGUUUCCCCCUGAGGGGGGAUGGGGCAGGGCCCGAGCCGGAAGCAGGCCGGGGGAGUGGGGAACGUGUAGGGCCGCCCGCGGCUCGCGCUCUCCGGCUCCGAGGCGGCGAUGGCUGACGCUGGUGGAAGCGGCGGCGGCGACUCCCUGCAGGGCCGGGGCCCGGACUCGGGCCGCCGCCAGCCGUUCGCGUCCACCUCUCGCAACGGGGCCGUGCCCGAGCACCAGCAGCGCAGGCUGGCGGGUGGCCAAGGCCGCCAGCGGCCCCCGGAGGCUGCGAGCGACGGGGAGGAAGAGGAGUCGGAAGAGGAGCCCGGGCAGGGCCCGGGCGUGAGAGCCGAGCCCGAUGGGAACCACACGGACAGGAGGAUGCUCCGGCACCAGUAUCGCCAGCUCAUCAACAGAGUGCAGCAGAAUCGUGAGGAUAUGUUGAGUUCAAAAAGCAACAGUUUGACAGAUGCACUACAAGAAGCCAAUAAAUUGUUCAGUGGAGUUUCCCAGGCAAGGGAGGCUGCUCUGGAUGCCCAGUUCCUUGUUUUGGCAUCAAAUCUAGGAAAGGAAAAAGCAAAUGAGUUACACUCUGAAAUGACAGUAUUUGACUCGCCAGCAUUUGCUGAAGAUUUAUUAACGUUUAUGGGCCUGAAUCGUCUAGAAGGAGAAGAAAAUGAUAGCGAUGAUGAGAGCAUUGCUAGUGGAUUUUUACCUAAUAAUGCCUGGCAUAAACUGGGAGCAGAAGCAGAAAGAUAUUUCAGAAGAUCUCCUUCUUUUCACUACAUGUUGGGAUCUUUCAAGGCUGAUCCUCCUGUACCAAGGCAACGGAUUGAGAGGCAGAAAAGGAAAGCAGGAACAGAAGAAAAAAGGGCAAUGCCUGCUCAGUUGAAGAAAAUGGAAGAAUCUCAUCAGGAAGCCACAGAAAAAGAAGUAGAGAGGAUCCUGGGAUUGCUACAGACCUAUUUUAAUGAUGAUCCCAAUAUACCUAUUUCCUUCUUUGAUUUUGUGAUUGAUCCAAGUUCUUUUGCACGCACUGUGGAAAACAUCUUUCAUGUGUCCUUCAUUAUAAGGGAUGGCUUUGCAAGAAUAAAGCUGGAUCAGGACAAACUGCCAGUAAUAGAGCCUUCACGUGAAGAGGAAGGUAGGGAAAAUGACCAGAAUGCCCAAGUACGGAACCAAGCAGUCAUAUCUUUGAGCCAUCAAGACUGGAAGGACAUUGUAGAAACUUUUGAAAUCACAGAACCUAUGAUUCCCCCUCCUGGUGUCAGCCAAGAAAAUGAAAGUUAGGUGCCGUGAAGAAAAAAUGUGUUUUAAAAUAUUCAAAUAAGUUUUAUAUGUAUAUACUGUAUGAUAAAAUUUAUUUUUGAUGAGAACACUAGUUUAAAUUCAAUGCUUUUUAUAUAACAAGCUUAUUGUAUCUUUUUAUUUAUACAUGUCAUUUACAGUAGUAAAGGUUGUCAUGAUACAUAAGGCAUUUUCAUCCUAUCGUGAUUUUCUUUAAUAAAGUCCUUCUGUAAGUUGA